GCGCCGGGGAGAGCGGCAAGCUGCGAACAAAAGCCCUAGGCGCGGGGCCGGAGCCAGAGAACGAAGGAGACUCCAACAAAGGCCAAGGCUCAGCCAUGGUGGACCCAGUGCCCGAAGAGGAGAAAGGAGCCGAAGUCGGCGGCUCAAGAGGGGAUGGGGCCACGGCGUCCGUGACCCCCAACGCCCAGGGCGCCCAGCAGCCGGCGGCCUCCUCGGCCUCCGCCUCCGCCUCGGGCUCGGCGGCGGCACCCCGCAAGGCAGAAGCUCCGUGCACAGCAGAAGGUGGGCCUCGCGAGCAGUCCCCACUGCUGCACCUCGACCUCUUCAACUUCGACUGUCCGGAGGCGGAGGGCAGCCGCUACGUGCUGACCAGCCCUCGCUCGCUGGAGGCCUGCGCCCGCUGCGCAGUCAAGCCCGUGGAGCUGCUGCCACGUGCGCUGACGGACCUGGUGCGCGAGGCCCCGGGCCGCUCCAUGCGGGUGGCCACGGGCCUGUACGAGGCCUACGAGGCUGAGCGGCGGGCCAAGCUGCAGCAAUGCCGUGCCGAGCGCGAGCGCAUCGUGCGCGAAGAGAAGCGGCGCCUCUUCACGCCACUGGGCCCAGCGGCCGGCGCGACUUCGGCCUCGGCCUCGGCUUCAGCCCCGAGCGCCGGCAGCAGCAGUAGCGGUAGUAGCGCCAGUCUCCCCGCCUCGCCCGCGGCCCGCAAGGCCUCUCCCAGCCCCUCCUCGGCCCGGACACAACCUCCGCCCGUUGCCUCUCGGACAGGCAGGAAGAGCCACUCACUGGACUCGCUGUCGCGCCGGCGUGACGGUGCCCUCAGCUCUGAAUCCGGUGCGUCGUCGUCCUCCUACAGCGGGGAGAGCCUUCGGGAGCUUCGCUGGCCGCCGAGGGCCUCGGCCAGGUACAGCUGCCCGGCAGGGUCGGCGUCCUCGGCCCCCAACCCUCUGGGCCGACCUUCCGCCCUGGCCCUGGUUCCACUCACAGGCCGCAGCUUCAGCCUCGGCGACCUGAGCCACUCGCCGCAGACCGCUCAGCACGUGGAGCGCAUCGUGCGCCAAGUGCGCGCCGAGCGGGGCCUGCGCGGGGUGCCCGAGCGCGACCGGAAGAUCGCGGCGCUGAUGAUCGCGCGGCACCAGGAGGAGCGCCUGUUGCUGGAGCAGCGCGCCGCCGCCCACGGCCAGUGGGAGCAGCAGCGCGUGCGCGCCGAGCAGCGGCGGGAGCGCGAGGAGCGCGAGAAACAGCGCGCGCUGGAGCAGGGCCGCCGGGCCUGGACUGCGCAGGUGGAGGAGCGGCGCGGCCGUCGGGGCCGCGAGGAGCGCGAGGCGGCGCGGCGGAGGCAGCAGCAGUGCGAGCGUAGCGAGGACCGGCGGCGGGAGCUGGCCGAGCGCCAGGGCUUGCUGCGGAGGGAGCGGGCGGAGCGCGUCGCCCAGGAGGACAGGCUGCGCAAGCUGCAGCAGGAGCAGAAUCUUAAGCAGAGGGAAGAAGGCCUGCAGGAGGGGCGCGAGCGGGCCGAGCAGGUGCGCAAGGAGCGUGCCCAGCGCGCAGCACGCGCCAAACAGCGGCAGGAGGGCCAGCUACAGCGCGACAAGAGGGAGCUGAGCCGCGCCGAGCGGGCGCGCCACGAGGCGCUGCUGCGGGGCCGAGCCCGGCAGCAACAGCAGGAGCGAGAGGGCCUGCGGAGCACAAUGGAGACCAGCUUGGGCCGCGCUCAGGAGAACUACGAGCAGUUGGUGGAGCAGCGCACCCGGGAGCUGCGGGAGCGGGCCCGGCGGGAGGAGCUGCAGGGUCGGCGGGCCAAAGAGGCGAUGGAGCGCAAAGAGCGGGAGCAUCAGGCGCACUUGGAGGCGCUGGCGCGGGCCGGGGAACGACGGCUGCAGCACGCGGCGCAGGUGGCCGAAGAGGCAGUGCAGCAGAAGGCCCGGCGCGUGGGCCAGACCCGGCUGGAGAAGGAGCGGGCCCAGCGCGCCAACAAGGAGAAAGUGGAGAAAGAUGAAGACUUCCGUAGGCGGGAGCUGCUCCAGGCCAUCGGGCGCAAGCUGGAGCGCAGCGAGCAGCUGUCUCGGGAACGGCGUAGCGCGCUGGAGAGCGCUCGCUCCACAGCCCGGGCCUCCUUCCACGUGCGCGAGAAGGUGCGAGAGGAGACCAACACUCGCUCCUUUGACAGAAUGGUUCGCGAGGCCCAGCUACACGCCAGCCUCGACAGAAAAUGACUUCGCCCUGCACUGGCCAGAUGUGGCACACAGCCCAGUGAGGCCUCCCCCCAACCCCUGGCCACCUUGAUCAAACCGGGGAAUUCCCCAGUCCAGGUGCAGCACCAUGGAUUCUCUAGGCUUCUGACCAAUGAAACAAUAAGAGGACAGACUGUAGGACUUUUCAGUCUGCCCCCUUUGUUUUUAAAAACUUACUUCCUUUGAAGAUGACAUGGCUGGGCCGGGGAUUUAGCUCAGUGGUUCCGCCUCCUGCCUCGGAAGCACAAGGUCCUGAGUUAAAUCCCCGGUACCAAAAAAAAAAAAAGUCCAGGGGCUAAAGAUGACAUGGCACAAUCUUUGCCCACAUCCAUCCUUGCCGAACCUCCCUAUGUGUCUUUUGGGUUGGAAAGGAGAGUAGCUGGGGAAAAUGGGUCCUCUUGGAGAGGGCAGAGUGGACUGCCUUCAACCCCGGCAGCAUUCACCCCAGGCAUUCUUCAGAUAUUGGUGUUCAAGAGGACUUUUGGUUGCAGCAGCUGAGGGAUGUCCCUUGGCUCACCUCCAUCUUUCAAAGUAUGGCAGUUGCACAAAAUUCGGAGGCCUUCCAGAAAAGCACAGCUCUUCCAAAGUGUCCCACCAUGCACAAACAUUUUUUAAUGUUUGAGUAUUAAUCAGUCACCUGAGCAAAUUUUCCUGUUAGUUCCCAUAGUUUUUCAGCUGAGUCUUCCAGGUUUUCCAGUUAGACAAUCACUGUAUGGAAAAUUAUUAGUUUGUCUCUUUUUUUCCUCUCUUUUUAUUCUCCCAAGUGGCACAGGUAAUGGGUUUGUUUGGUGACGCUGUUAAGAUUUAUUGGAAUCCCUCAGCCCUGGAGGUAUUGGUUUUCUUAGGCAGCAGUGUCCUACCCCAUGAGCUUCUUCACAGGGUGAUUUCCAGGGAAGUGGUAUCCAAUGGACACCUCCUAGGACAGUGCCCGCUCCUGGCAGAGAGCAGCCAUGCCUUAAGAAGCAGAGCUACCUUAUGUGCCUGUGCAGGCCAUUCUUGCCUAAGUCCCUGGCUCUGGAUGCAGUCUCAAGUCUGGGCCCUGGAGUUUGGAGUGUAGGAUUCCCUCUGUGAAGGAAUCUGCUCAAACCUCUUGAGGAUAAUUAGUGUAUCUUUGGCUGCUUUACUGUAGUGACUGAAGAGCUGGGAUUGCCUCUGUGUUGAGAGUUGUGCUCAAUAUUGCUGGUAGAAUAUCUUCCCUCCCCAGGAAAAAGAGUCUCCUCGUUAUAUUCCUGGUACCCUUUUACUUAUGACUGAGAGUAUUUAAUCGGUCUCUUGGUGCCUCACUUUUCCCAUCUGCCAGAUGGGGCCAUCAGAACUCCUCCUCUGGUACCUCAGAGUCUCCUGGAUCCAAAGCACCACUUCAGUAUUAUUUGUUGGUCUUCUUUGUGCCUUCCUUGACCUGGAGUUGGGAGGCAGGAGACUGUGUUAGCCUAGUUUGUGAGAAUAUGGAUUCCGGACGUUGGGGCAGUGUAUUGGCCUCUGCGGGGAAGUACUUGCAGUGCUAGGCCACUCCCUGGUUCAGACAGUUCAGUUGUCACCAGUCGAUUUUAUCCUUUAGAUAUAAUGUAAGGAGUGUGCUUCCCUUUCACAACACUGAGAUUGGCCCCAGCUAUAUCCACCCCUUGACUACCUUCAUCAUGGAAGGUGGGAAAUAAAACAUCACUUAUUGCAUUAAAUCAAGGUCAGGAAAUUUUUUAAUUACCCAAAAAUGAAAGAAAAGGGAAUCAGGGUAGAAUUACUAUAUUAGAAUAUUUCAUCUGCGGGCCGGGGAUUUAGCUCAGUGGUUCCAGCGCCUGCCUCUCAAGCGCAAGGUCCGGAGUUCAAUCCCCGGUACCAAAAUAAAGAAUAUUUCAUGUGUAUUCUGCUGGGCAAAACUGUCCCUAAAAUAGCUAGUUAUUACAGACAUAUUCACACACAUACACUUAAUCAACCCCCCACCUCCACCUAGUUACGUGGCAGCAGACGUAGGAGGAGUGUGUAGAAGAAGUAGUGUUUAGGUAUUACAGUUAAGAUGAUGUGAAACUAGAAAAGGAGCUGUGUACCAAGGUUUAUUUCUUGAAUGGAUGAAUGAAUGUUCCCCUUAACUUUUCUUGUUGGUAACCAGGUUGUCAGUGAGUUGUAAUAAUUGGUAUUGUCUGUGAGUCAGGAGUGUUUAACUAAAAAGUUCAUGUGAUUCUGGUUCUUACAUUGUGAUUCCUGAGUUGCUAAGGGCUUUGAAACCUUCAUAGAAAGCUCCAUCCUCAAAAAUCACUUACUUCAAAGUGUAUGCAUUUAUUUGUUUGAGACAAUCUGUCUUGUUUUGUUUUCAUAUAUAGGAGGUUCUGGAAGGUACAUAGAUGAUCUUACAUGAUGCUUUCCCAGUUUGUUUUCUGAUUUACGGAGUGACUCUGGGUAGAUCACUUCUCUGUGCCUUGGUUCCCCUGCCUGUGGGACGGGAGCUAUGAUUCCUGCUCCCCCUUUCACACAAACACUGUGAGGAUGAAUCAGAAUCCAAGUGAUAUUUCCAGUUGUAUCACUCCGGAACUAGAGGUGCAGUCCCUCUGAACAGGAAGGGUCAUGUGACCAUACUAUGGCCAGAGAGUGUGAUGUGUUGUCAUGACCUGGUGCAGGAGUAGUCUUGAAAAGCACAUUGUAAACCAUAGUGUGCAAGGGCCUAGGCCUAAAGGUUACCAAAUUAGAGGUAUGCACUAAGAAUCACUGUGUUAAGGCAAAAACUUUUAUAGUAAAAAAUUCAUACAGCUGAACAUAAGUAAAGCAAAAACAAAAGCCAAACCUGUUUAUGAUAAGAAUGGUCCCUUCAGGUUCCAGAUCAUCCAGUGGAAUUUAGACCCACUUCUACAACUCUAGGGAAUUAUCCAAGUUGCUCUCCGAAGAGGGACUAUUUCCAGAAUGUUUAUUGGACCCUUGAUUUAUAUUCUUUCUUUGAAAUGAUGCCUGAGAGGAGAAGUUGCUUCUAAUUUUGAAAAGCAGCAGGAGAACAUUGGAGUGGGGGAGGUGGUAGGUGGAAAAUGGCUCCUGAUAUGUAUUCUGCUGGCUAGAGCUGUUCCUACACAGCAUUCUGAGGGUCCAGAGUUGACCAUAGAGCACCCUGUAGAAGUGUUCUUACCAUCCAGGGGAUUGCAGAUUUACCCUUUGGAACACCUCCUUGUUCAAAAGAGAGAAUGUGAAGUAGCAUGAAGAGGAAUGGGAAGGAUUAGAAGAAGCUUCAGUUUGUUGGUUACCAAGGAAACAAGCAGGACAAAACCAUUUCUGAUGAAAUCAUUGGGUAAAGCUAGUCCAAUGUCCUGCUCAAUGACCAAUGCCUAAACCACAUCUGGACAGAACAAUGGAAAUUUCCUUUUGGAUGUACACAGAUUGGGCACUCAAUGAGGGCCGUAAACAAGAUUUACCAAAAGCAGAGUCUGUGGGGUAGUAAACAUAGAUAAAUAUCUCAAUCUAGUUUAUAUUACUAUAACAAAAUACCCAAGGUUGGGUAAUUUGUAAAUGAAAGAUUUCUUUAGCUCACAGUUUUAGAGGUCAAAAAGCAUAAUACGAGAGCUUCCAGUGAGAACCUCAUGGUGGAUGACAUCACACGGGAAGGGUGUGCAUGCAAGAGAGAACACAUGGCAAGAUAGCAAAGGAGACAGGAGGGGCCAGAUGGGCUUUGUUUAAAAAUGUAGCUGUCACUCUCUAAGGAACUAAUCUACCCCUAUCAGACACUGUCCCAUUCUAUGAGACCAGCCUUAGUCCAUUCAUGAAGGUGGAGCCCUUAUGACUUAAUUAUCUUUCCCUUGGCCCCACCUCUGGGGUUUUUUUCCUUUGUAGUACUGGGGAUUGAACCCAGGGCUUUCACAAUGAGCUACAUUCCCAGCCCUUUAUUUUUAUUUUUAAGGCAGGGUCUUGCUAAAUGACUAAACUGCCCAGGCUGGCCUCAAACUUGGAUCCUCCUGCCUCAUCCUCCCAGAGGCUGGGAGGUGGGUGCCACCACACCCAGCUAGGCCCCACCUCUUAAAGGCUCCACCCUCUCGACACCAUCACACUGCAGACCAAGCUUCCAGCAUAGGAACAUUUGGGAACAAACUAUAUCUAAGGCAUAGCAUUGAGGAUAUAAUUUGUGUUCAAGCCGUUCUGCCACUCAUUCCUUUUCCUUUAAACAGUCCGUUGAAACACAGAGGUGACUCUGCAUAAGGGGUGAUAUUUUAUUUACCAUAGAAUCCUCUGUAGUCCAUGGUUUAUCACCUCAUAUAUUGUAAACACAUAAAUACUGCAUGGAGAGAAGGCUAGAGGGAUGGAUGGAUGAUGGACAAAUGAACAGUGGACAUCUGCAUAGAAUAAUCAGUUAGGCAGCCUCCAUUCAUUCAACAAUUUCCAUUGGGCACCUGCUAUGUGCCAAGCACUGCUGUUGAUGCUUGUGAAAGACUCUCUGAUCAUUGACCCAGGAAUCGCUUUUCCUGCAAUGUCAUGAGCAGCUGUUUCCGUUUUCUGAUUGGGCUUACCUACUUCCCACCUGGGUAUCCAUCCUCAGGACCUGAUGGCCCCUCAAGGCACUAACUUCAACUUACCUUUUUAGUCUCCUGGGGACAAGCCAUCUGCCAAUCAACAAUCAUUUAUUCCCUGUUGUUUUCCUUCAGAGAAACCUUGGUUAAUUAGGUCAAGUUUAUAAUGUCACAUAGUUGAUCAGCUUACAUUACAAUGAAAGGGAGAGGGAUGGAAUAUUAAUCACUUUCAAGGGUAUUUGUCAUACCUUUCAGAAAGUCAAAUAAAUAAUGAUCAUGGACAUAGAGAACAGAGCCUCAAGCUAUUCAGGGUACCAGUUCACCAGUUUACUGGCUCCAUCAUUCAGCUAUUCUUGUUGAGACAAGAAAGUCAGUAAUUCAAGCCGGGGGUAGUGGCACACAUACAUACCUAUAAUCCUAACUACUUGGGAGGCUGAGCAGGAGGUCAGCCUGAGUAAUUUAGCAAGAUCCCAUCUCAAAAUUUAAAAAAACAAACAAACCAGAAAGGACUGGAGAUGUAGCUCAGUGGUAGAGCACUUACCUAGCACUUAAGGAGGAAAAAAAGUCAACAUUUCAAAAGCAACCAAUUGAAAAAUCCCAAGGAAAAAGAGAUUCUGGACAAUGUUGAAUUGAUAAGGUUUAGUGAAUCAGAAUAUCUCACUUCUUGAGUCUUCUGUGUCACUGAAGUUACCCACAGGUUGCUAUGUAGAUCUGACUUUUCUCCUGUGUGUGACUCCAUCAUCCGGGUAUCCUCAGGAAACAUUUGGCAGAGGGGCAAAGGAAAUGCCAUUUAUUGGAAAGGAUUUUCAGAGACCCACCAACAGAUGACUCUCGGAUCUAAAAAGGUUCGGGCUUUCUGGGUGACCCAUUUGGCUUUGGGUGUCUGGCACAGCACCUGAGCAUUACACCUGGUCACCUGCUUUGGCUGUGUGUGUCCACAGAAGAGCACCUCGUUAACUCACUUGUGCUGUGUUACAUUCAGGAGCUUUCAUUCUCUCUACGUGUGCUUCCUCCUUGCCCCACACACCCCUCCAAGCCGUAAGCCCUUCAGUACUAUCCCUGAUGCUUCUUUGGUUUCCAACAGGGUCAGGGUUGAGACAGAGGCUGGAGUUAGCAGCAGUGUUAGGAUGUCGGGUGAAGGAUGGUUUGUUUCUCAGGAGCACUGAUAAAAUCAUCUUCUGUGGAGUUAUCACUUCCCCACUUGUCACAUACAGUCAUUCUGCAUGAGCACAAAAACCUAGUCUGAAGUGAUUUUUUUUUUUAAUUAGCUGAAGUGCUCACAUGUGUCUUCUCCACUAGCACAAUAUUGGCAGCAUCUUUUUGUGGCAGACACUUGCCUGGUUCGUAGGACUGUUAGAAAGAGAAUCCAUAUCUAGUGUGUCUGAGCAUGCAUGUCCACGCAUGUACCCCUCCCAGCAUCAGUGUUGUUGCAGAGGGAGGGAACCUGUAGUCAUCUCAUUCUCACAGGAAACAGCAAGCUCUGGGAAAACUGAGCUGCCCUCUGAUGGGAUCAAUUGGUUCCAUCUACCUAAAGCAGUCUGUAUGCUUCCAUCUGAAGGCUGCACUGGGCUCUGGCCUAAUAAGCAUGGCAUAUGCAUUUCCCAAGUCCAUUACUGAGCCUCAUGGGUGACAGGAUUUCCAUGUUGCCACUCCACUGUCUUAGUGCAAGAAAUUGAUUGGGAAAUGAAAUUUAGAUGCCCAAAUGUCUGAAAUUUAAAUGAAAUGAAUAAAAUGAAAUUUAGAUGCCCAAACUCAGGAACUUCUCAGUGUAACAGAACAACUGACACCCCCAAAGUUCUGAAAAUCCAGUCCAUGUGGCUGCCACAUGUUCAAGGCCAAGAGUUUGCCAAAAGGGCGAGUGUCUUGACUUCAUUCAAAUUAUUUUACACUCUUCCAUGUGCCCCCCUGCCCAGCAUCUUCACGAUGGAGACAGCAGCUCCUGUUUGUGGAGAGUUUUGUUGAAUCAGUUGAUGUUUAGAAAGCAGUUAGCACAGUCCCAGGCAGGUAGCACUUAGUUGGUGGUCACCAUUAUCUGAACUUAAGGGGGUGGUAAAGGAGUGGGGCAGACAGAGCCUGAACCAGUUGUUACUGGUGGUUAGCAGGGGUAACAGCCCUUCUUGGGUUGUCUGUAUCCUUCACUGUGUGACAGUACCCUGAACAUUUCAAAAGAAGGGGCUCUGGAAGAACAUUCUCCUCCAUGAAGUAGUUUGGGGUUGGGGAGCGGAAGGGAUUACCUUGUUUACCAAAUUACCUUGU